UUGUUGAUCUUCAUCUAGAUGCGGCUGGCCCCACUGUACUUGCAGAACAGAACUUUUUUACAGAAGGCUAGUGUCAUAUGGAUUCUCUUCCGUCAUUUUAGACAAUCAUCAACACACAAGUUUUCCAAACUGAGCCUUUUACGGUGAAGUUUAAUGAGAAGAAAAUAUAUAUACAUUUUGCCAGAAUGGGAAAGAAAAACAACUCACACAAAGAUGUCAAUAAUAUUGGGCUAGAGCAGAGUAUUUAUAUCACCCACGAGCCUUUGCUUUUCCCUCCUUCCUCAUCACCUCUCCUCUCUCUUUUGUAUUCUUUCCAGAGACAUUUGUCUGAUCUAAUCACAAUCACUCAAACAAAGCCUUGAGAAAGAAAGAAAUAAACGACCCGGGAGAAGAAACAUGACCUAAUAAUAUUAGUAGUAUCUUCUCACUGAAAAUCAUUUAAAAUAAGUACUCACACAAGCAACAACCACGCGUCUUUAUUACUUACAUCCAAUAUAUCUCUCGUGAAGCAACAACUUGCUUCUCCCACCGCCAUGACUACAACCACAGAUAGCAACGGCGACAAAACGCAAACGCAGACGCACAAGAAACAAGUGAGAAGACGGCUCCAGACGAGCCGUCCUUACCAAGAACGUCUCCUUAACAUGGCCGAAGCUCGCCGAGAAAUCGUCACCGCCUUAAAACAACACCGCGCUUCCAUGAGACAAGCCGCCAAGAUUCCACCGCCGCAUGUUCCUUUUUCUGUACUGCCGCCUCCACCUCCUCCUCUGGAUCCGUUUUCUUGGUCGAGUUCUCAUCUCAACUCCCUUCUCCCCAACCAACCAUUAGGGUUGAACCUCAACUUCCACGACUUCGAUGACUACUUCCAAACCUCGUCUUCAUCAUCAUCAACGUCCUCAAAUUCAUCAUCUUCAUCAUCCUCAGUAAUAUAUCCGACGACGAACCCACAAAUAUACUCCACCCAUUCGCCUCCCCUCCACACCUUCGCCGCCACAUCUGAAUCGGUUUCUCACGAGCAGCCGAAGCAGCUGAUGGAACGGGAGAACAAAGUGGUGACGUCAGCUUGGUGGUCAGAGCUCAUGAUGAAGUCGGUGGAAGAUGACGUGUUCCCGAAGUUAAGUGACGUGAUGGAGUUUCCUUCGUGGUUAAAUACAACAGAUGAACAAGAAUUGUUUCAUCCUUACAAUCUCACCCAUUAUUCAUCCCCUCACAAUCAUCCAUUGUCCUGUAUGGAGUUUGGUGACAUUGAGGGCAUUGAUGGAGACGAUUGGCUUGCUUGAACCACAAUGGUUGAUUACUGUUUUUUUUUUUUCAAACAUGAUGAAUCAACUCUUUGGUUAUUUUUCUUAUUUCUUGUUUAUUUAUUUGCUUUCCUUUUAUUUUAUUUAUUUUCGUUUUGAGACAUAAGAAAGACAUUUUGAAUCUUUAAGAUUACCAAUAAGCCUGCGGAGAGAAAUGUUCUGUUUGGCAAAAGUUACAUGAACGAAGCUUUUGUAUCUAUGA